AACUCCAAACGACUGUUUCAAAUUUCACGUCUUCGCUCUGCCGCGACUUUCCAUAAUGAGAGUCACAGAAUAAUGGAGCCUUGUGAUGGGUCGCUUUACGGGAGCAAGGCCCUCCAUUUCUGCUGAGGAUGGAGGAGAGUGCCUAGCCGGUAGCUCCGUCAGACACUGAUCAAACCUAGAAGGCAACCACCAUUCCGCGAUUAUCCGCCGCUCGUGGAGAACGGCUCUCCCUUCCCCUGCAGUCGUUCGCUCCAGCGUGCAAAUUUGCCGCUCCGUGUCGGACGCUUUUUGUCCUCACCCUCUCCGCUCGUUCGCGCUAAAAGGCCUGAGCCAUCCCAGAUAGCGCGCGAGCCCUGUUUCCACGAGAAGAGGAGGCUUUGUUCCUCGAGGGUUCUGACAGCAUCGAGACCUGGCAUGAGCUGAAAAAGCCCAGGAAAAGAUUGCAGAUGAAUUAUCUAGGAAACGUCUGCCUGCCGAAGAACCUAGGGAGUGUCUCGUUCCCAAGUUACCCAGGGAAUUUCCCGCGGAUUCACACCCUCGGGAAUGUCUUUUCCUCCUUUCCAAAAGCUCCAGCUGGCGGCAUUGAAAUAACCCACGUCGCUGCUGACAAGGCUGGUCGGACCCUGAUCUGCGGAAGCUAUCCCCCCGUUUCGGCGCAUCUGCGCAACCGCAAUGAUGGCGCCGGCGAGAGCGCGGGAACAGGCGGAAGGCGGAAGCCCGUUGGCGGAAGGACAGGUCGCCUAGGCGGAAGGGCGACUGGCGGAAGGGUCAUGGGCGGAAGGGGGGACGCUUUGGCGGUGGAGGUGGGGGAAGGACGGAGCGUAGUUCUCGAGGGGGGAAGGCGGUUGGCGGAAGUGGGGACGUGGGGAAUAGGCGGGCCCGCGGACUGGCUGGUCGAAGUGACCACUGUAGAUGAAAUGGCUGCAGUGCUUAAGUUCUGCCACUGCAACGCCAUCCGCACUGUGGUCAUCGGCAAGGGCUCUAACUGCCUCUUUGACGACCGGGGCUUUAAGGGGUGUGUGAUUGUAAACAGAAUCGCCUACAAGCGAGUGGAGCAGGUGCAGCAGGGGGAGCAGGGGGAGCAGGGGGAGCAGGGGGAGAAGGGGGAGCAGGGGGAGCAGGGGGAGCAGGGGGAGCAGGGGGAGCAGGGGGAGCAGGGGGAGAAGGGUGCAGACAUGCAAAACGCCAGCAAGGGAAGCACUGCCAGCAGCAGCAGCAGCAGCAGCAGCAGCACUAGCAGCAACAGCAAUGGCAGGAGCACCAGCCAGGCCUCUGCCUAUGACAUGCUAGUGCAUGUGGGAGGGGGCUACCCGUUCAAUCUGCUGGGCGUGGAGUGCUCCAGGGAAGGCCUUUCAGGAUUGGAGUUCGCUGGAGGCAUUCCGGGCACCGUGGGGGGGGCUGUGUUCAUGAACGCGGGGGCGGACGGGCAGGAAACAGCCGACUCGUUGCUCGCUGUGGACGUCCUCUCGCCUGCAGGGGCUCUCCUCUCCUUCUCGCGCUCCGGCCUCGCCUUCGCCUACCGCCACUCGCCCUUCCAGCACAUGCCAGACUGCGCUGCCAUUGUUGGCGCUACCUUUGGGCUCAAGAGAAGCAGUGAAGCACGGGACAGGCAGCGGAGAUACAUGGACAGGCGCCGGCAAUCCCAACCCAUUGCCGAUCGCUCCGUUGGCUGCAUAUUCCGCAACCCCGCACCUCCCCUUGGCUCGUCACCACCAACCCUUUUAGCAGCAGGUGGUGCAUCAGCAGCAGCAACUCUCCCUGCCUCUGCAGGAGCUCUGAUAGACCGGGCAGGGCUGAAGGGCCUGCGUGUGGGAGAUGCUAUUGUAUCGUCGAUGCAUGCUAAUUUUCUAGUGAAUGAUGGGGUGUGUAGUAGUGAGGAUAUGGAAGGGCUGAUUGUGGAGGUGAAGAGAAGGGUGAGAGAGGAAUUUGGGGUGGAGCUUGUAGAAGAGGUUAGGCGGAUCCCAUAUGACUGAAGACGUAAUGAAGGAAGUUUUAGUUUCAUGUUUUUCGCUGU